CGGGCCGCUGCUGGGGCGGCAGGCGGAUCCGGGGGGGAUGGAGGGGAGCGGCGGCCGGGGGGGCCCGGCAAUGGGCGACUCCGCCCGGGCCCUCUGAGCGGCCAGCGGGGGCUGCCGGGGCCGGCCGCCGUCCCUGCCCGCGGGCCCCGGGCUGAGCUAGGGCCGAGGGCCCGGCAGCGAGGCGCUGAGCGGCCCCGGGGAGGUAGGCCAUGGCCACCCGGCGUCUAACGGACGCGUUCUUGUUGUUGCGGAACAACGCGGUGCAGAGCCGGCAGCUGCUGGCCGAGCAAGUGAGUAGUUACGGCUCCUCCAGCCCUCUGAGUUCACGUAGCAUGGCUGCUGCGGAGCUGGAUGAGCUCGCUGAUGAUCGUAUGGCACUGGUAUCAGGAAUAAGUUUAGAUCCUGAAGCAGCAAUUGGAGUAACAAAACGCUUACCUCCCAAAUGGGUUGAUGGAGCAGAUGAAAUUCAGUAUGAUAUCGCCAGGGUUAAACAGAAGAUGAAAGAAUUAGCCAGUCUUCAUGAUAAACACCUAAACAGACCAACACUGGAUGACAGCAGUGAAGAAGAACGGGCAAUAGAAAUAACAACCCAGGAGAUCACGCAGUUAUUUCACAGAUGUCAGAGAGCAGUCCAGGUCUUGCAGAGCAGGUCACGUAGUUGUACAGAACAAGAAGCACGUGUUCUCAGGAAUGUAGUGUCUUCCUUAGCACAGUCCCUUCAGGACCUAUCCACCAACUUUAGGCAUGCACAGUCUGACUAUCUCAAACGCAUGAAGAAUAGAGAAGAAAGAUCCAAACACUUCUUCGACACUUCAGUCCCACUGAUGGAUGACGGAGAGGAUGAUACACUUUAUGAUAGAGGUUUUACAGAUGACCAGCUAGCAUUGGUGGAGCAAAACACAUUAAUGGUAGAAGAGCGGGAACGAGAAAUCCGUCAAAUUGUACAGUCAAUCUCCGAUCUCAAUGAAAUAUUUAGGGACCUGGGAGCAAUGAUAGUAGAACAGGGAACAGUUCUAGAUAGAAUUGACUACAAUGUUGAACAGUCAUGUAUGAAAACUGAAGAGGGGCUAAAACAACUACACAAGGCAGAGCAAUAUCAAAAGAAGAAUCGGAAGAUGCUUGUUAUUUUAAUUUUGUUUGUUAUAGUAAUUGUCCUUAUUGUCGUUCUUAUUGGUGUAAAGUCACACUAGGUUUCACUACAUUUUCUUAUUUUUGGAGUUUAUGUGAACUAUUUUCCCCAAUGUGAAUGGAUGGACCUGCACUCCAGAAAGCUGCCUUUGAAUGUAUAAGCCCUUGUGGUACAAAGUCUGUGCAAUGUUUCUGUAGAAUUCUUCAAAGUACAAGUUUGGUGAUCUGUGAGAUGUUUGUAAGGAUUAUAUGGAAAAUGUCAGGAAAUUUGCUCCCACACAAAUAAUUUGGCACUCUGUGUAGAAGUAUUUGGAAACACAGUACUUAAUUACAAAAUUGAAGUUUACGAGUGAGUACAGUAAUUAGUAUGUUACUGUGAGCAAAAAUGUGUUGUAUUCUGUAUUCUUAUGUCACAAUUGUUACAGGCCUCAAAUUUAAACCAUGGUACUGAGUCAUGGGACUACAUAGCAAAAAUUGGCCUAGAUGUAAAAUAUGUUGAUGCACAAAAAUGUUUGACUUCAUCACCUUUCUUCUAGGCUCAAACUUCAAAGAACUGGAUAGACAGCUAAAAAAGAAAGCUUUUAGCAACUGGAAUGUAAUCCAACCCCUGUGAUCUUAAUUUAGAUACUGCACCAUUACUAAGAAUCAGAGUAGUACUUGAUCUUGUAAAUAACAAGAUUUAAUCACUGGCAUAAUUUAACACAUUUAGUUAAUUAAAAAUUUUUCUGAGCUUAAGUAAUCAUGGGAAUGUUUUUCCUCACCAGAAUGAUCGUAUAUAUUUUUUCAUGUACGAUUUCUUUAAAGUACAGACAUUCAUGAAAGCAGUGAAGUUGAACCUAAAAAAUAGAGAUUCUCCUUUUGUCUUUCUAUUCCUUCUGACCUACUGUAGUGGAUCUCAGAUGCUUCAUACGUUGAUUGUUGUAAAAGAUGUUUAUUUUACAGUGUAUCUGUUCAUAUGUAUUAUGUUUUUUGUAUAAGUGACUUCACUACAGUAUACGUUACAUCCAUUUUCCCUGACAGAAAAUUAUUUCUUUCAAAUACCUGCCUGGAAGAGGACGUGUUUAUUGACUUUUACUGACUGUGAGACAUGUCGUGCAAGUGACACAUUACUAGGCCUUCAGUAGAGAAUUUGGGGGUUUCUUCACUUUUUUUUCAGUAGCAAACUUUGCUGUAGGCCAUAAAAGAGAAAUUAGGGCAAAAUUUAAGUAAUAGAAUAUGCGUGAUUUAAUUCUGGACUGAAGUGGUGUGCAAUUGUGGAGGCCUUGCCUUAAUAUUUUUAAUACCGCUUUUCUGUAUGGAUUUUUUCCCUAAAAGGGACUGUAACUUCAUUUUCUGACUGGUACAGUGCUCCCCAUAAACUUGCAGAGAUGUUCUGUUCAAAGCCCCUGAAAUGCAGUUUCAUAAUCCUGUGAUAUUAAUGUUGCAUAUGUUGCCUGCCCUGAAUUUCUUUACUGUGUACUAAGGAGGACUUAAGAUGUGGCUUUAAACUGACUUGGUGCAGGAAUGGACCUGAAAGCAAAGACUACAAAUAUGUGAAAGCCUUGGCUUUUUGUGUGGCUUAUUGUGAAAAUCUUUGUACCACUCUUGUUACCUCUAGACAAAGGGGAUAUUGAACUUCCAAAACUGCCAGUUCAAACCCUUGAUUAAAUUCAUAAAGUAACUUGGUAAAAGAAUGAUGCCUGUAGCUGGGUGUGCAGCUCCCUGUUCUGGUAAUAGAGUUUUUCAAUGAUUGUGAGUAAAACUACUGUCUCCCUAGUGUGCUGUCUACAUCGGUUGGUGUGAAGCAGCAUAUUGCUAUAAUUUAAUAUACUGUAUUUGCAACUUUCUCUAACAUGAGAUCAUGUUAUUUAUUUCUGUCUUGACUGGUGCUUUUGAUAUUUUAUCAUGGCUAAUGAAUUCAAAGAAGUAAUAAAACACUUCCAACCUAAUUGGGCAAAUAUUAAUUUUUUUUUUUAAUUAUAAACUGAAACUGUGUGUGAUGUUAAUGCGCCUCUAUAUAGUCUUCAUAAUUAAAUGAAAACAGCAGUGACAUUAAAUAUCUUGGGGGGAAAAAAAAAAAAAGCAAACCCAAACUUUCUGUAGCACAAUGUAACUUGCAUUCUCAAGAGUUAGUUCCCAUGAAUUACGCCCAUGGUCUUAACUCCAAAGAAGUAACUGGCUACAUCUUUUCUAUCCAAAUUCUGUGAGAGGAAAUGCAUUUUUAAUAUGCAUCAGACAGGAGGUUAAAUUCAGCUGUCAAGUGUCCUGUGUGACUUGAGCUAGAAUUUAUUGAAGUAAGUUAUAUUGAGGAAAAAAAAAAAAAACAUAACAGAUUCUAAAUCACUGCAGGUGUCUAGCUUACUAUGCGUCAGUCUGAAUAGCUACCAGCAACUAAAUCAAACCCUUAUGCUGUGCUUUGUAAGAAUAUCUCCACAUGGCAUGUUACAGAAGGGGUACUAUCUGUGCCAUGGGGCAGUGAAAGCUCAAAAAGGCCACUGCAACGGUGGAGUCGCUUGGCUUCUCUAGUGGCUGCUGCCUACUCAGGUGUUACAGAAGCAAGAGCUGCCUCAACCUACUGACCAUGCUUCUGUCCAGCCCUGUAAUCGUCUCUGUACGCCGCUGCAGAGAAAGCUGGUACACUCUGCAGAUUGUGGCCUCUUCAUCGUUGCUGGAUUCUUCUCGGCUUGUAUUGAACCUCUGAUUCCUUACAGAGGAACAGAACAGCAUUGCUAGAGCAUCUCCCAAGAAUCUGUGGCUUCUUGCCUGGUGGGAAUGGCCUAAAAAGCUAUUGGCUUAUGCAGAAUUUCUCUAUUAAAAUGCAUGCAAGCGUGCAAAAA